UUCCCUUAAAAUUUAAGACAUAUACGUAGUCUUUUUCUACCAUAUCCAACGGCGAUGUGAAAUCACUAUCACGCAAUACAAAACCCGUCUGCCAAGCAACUGGAGACAGCAGGGAGAGAGAGAGAGAGAGAGCGCUAAGUCUGUGCAGGUGUGCAAUGUGUUUAAGCUUCGUUAAUGGCUUGACGGGUGAGAUUCAGGGAGGAACUCCAACUCUCUGAAUUUCCUACCUCUUUCUUUUUUUUGUUUUGCUGUCUUUCUGUUUCUUGGCUGUCAAACAACUUCAAUAAAGUGAGAGAAAAUCUUGGAAAUGAGUUGUAAUCAUUGAAUUCUGUUCUGGGUCGAUUCUGUUUGAUCAACAACUCAUGUAGUCUCUAUGUUGCUUUCUGCUACAAAUGGGUGAUGAUUUUGAAAGAAAUAGUCUUUGGAGUGCAAGUUUGUAGCUUUAAAGUUCGAUAGAAAUAGAUGGAGGACGCAAUUUCAAUCUUUUGGCACCAUUUGUUUCUGUUCUUUCUCUUCCUAGUCUGGUUGAUGUUUUUGUGAUUCAAUGAAGAUGUUAUAUGGGUUAAGAGACUCACUUAAGUCAAAGAAAAGUGCUGAUUGAAUAACUCUUUCUGAGGGAUCAUACAAUACAUGGCCAAGCUUUAUAUUACUCAAGUUGUUAGAUAUGCUGCUGAUUGACUGUUCGGUUGGCAACUCACAUGUGAUUAAUUUUGAUGAUUUCAGAUAUUUAGUUUAGUCGUUACGCAGGAUCUUGUGCCAGUGCAUCAUCCACUGACAAAAACUUUGGCUUCAUUUUAGGGGCAAAUCUCCUUUGGCAAUAUAAAUUUGGUGCUUUACAGUAACCUAAAUAUUCAGAUUCUGGCUAAGGUAUGGAAGCUUCUAGAAAAAUCUUCCAAAAGUGUUUUUUCCAGUAAUGGAUCUUCUUUGGAAAAAUCAAGUUUAGACUUCCUUUGGUUGGAUGACCUUCCUUGGCAGUGGUUAAUCAGGGAGAAACCAUUUUUCUUUGAAAGUUUAUUACUUGUUCGUCACUUGACCCUCACUGCAAGGCUGGUCUCUUUUGGCACCCUGAGUUUCAGUCUGACCUGUGGAAAAAUCCUAUAUUGCAGUUGUAGCUCUUUGAUAGUUUUGCAGUUUGGAAGUCUCCCUCUGAAGUUUCUUCAAUUGGAAGCUUCAAGUCCUUUUUGGGCAAAUCUCCUUUGGCAUUUGGAGUCCUUAGUUGACUCCAGUUUUCCCUUCGAGGGCAAAUCUCCUUUGGCAUUAGAUCUCCAAUUUUUGGGGUCAAAUUAUCGUUUGAUACAUCGGCUUAUCAAUUGGAAGAUCUAUUAUUGUUGGCAAAAGAUUAUUAAUAGUCCUGUACUAUAUUUUGGAAUCGACAUCAACUAGAUACCCUUAUUGUAACACACUUUAGGGACUCACCAUUGGAAGAUUCAAUUCCUUCAAGAGGGUGCAAAGUUGAUGGAAACAUCAAUCUGGUUUCAUCUGCAUUGGUGACAGAGUUAAAUGAUGGACGUGCUACUUAGUGACUAUGAUUGGGAGAGUUUCAGUGAGAGUGGGAGUAGUGAUGGGCAAGAGGAACUUGAUACUUGGUAUGGUGCGCAUGCUAGUAGCAUUUUGUCAAGGUUGGAGGAGAGCAUUGGGAAAAUUGAUGACUUUCUUUCAUUUGACCGGGGAUUUAUACAUGGGGACAUUGUGUGCCCUGUUACAGACCCAUCUGGACAGAUGGGAAGAGUGAUUAAUAUUGAUAUCCUACUGAAUAUGGAGAAUAUGCAUGGGAAUAUUAUGAAAGAGGUAAGUUCCAAAAAUAUUUUAAGGAUCCGCUCCAUUUUGGCUGGGGAUUAUGUAGUCCAAGGUGCAUGGCUUGGCAGGGUGGACAAAGUGAUUGACUCUGUAACUGUUGUCUUCGACGAUGGGACAAAGUGUGAGGUCACCGCCACAGAUCAAGAAAAGCUCUUACCUGUUUCCACCAACAACUUUUUUGAAGAUUCACAAUUCCCUUACUAUCCUGGACAGAGAGUGAUGCUUAGGCUCUCCAGUGCUUCCAAAUCAAUUAGAUGGUUAUGUGGCACCCAGAAAGAAAAUCAUGUUGAGGGAACUGUUUCUAAAGUAGAUGCAGGUCUGGUGUAUGUGGAUUGGCUUGCCUCUGCUCUCACAGGUUGUGCUUUUAGUUUACCUUGUCCCUCACGCCUGCAGGACUCAAAAAACUUGACCUUGUUGUCAGGUUUCUCCCAUGCAAAUUGGCAGCUCGGUGACUGGUGUAUGCUUCCAGUUGCUGAUUGCAAGGGUAUUUUGGGGCCUUCUUGUAUCAGUGCUUCUAUUUGUCACAAUAAGAAAUUUAAAAGAAGAAACCUUAGCUUGACUCUGGCAGAAAUUUUUGUUAUCAUUAGGACAAAGACCAAGGUUGAUGUGGUGUGGCAGGAUGGUAGCUAUUCUUUGGGAGUAGACUCUGCCACCCUACUUCCUAUUAGCGUUGUGAAUGCUCAUGAAUUUUGGCCUGAACAGUUUGUACUGGAAAAGGGUAUUUGUGAUGAUCCACAUAUAACUAGUAGUCACAAAUGGGGGGUGGUGCGGGGUGUGGAUGCUAAGGAAAAAACUGUAAGGGUACAAUGGAAAAAUAAGGUCAAGAAUGAAGCAGCUGAACCUGUUGGAGAUUGGAUGGAGGAAACUUUGAGUGCCUAUGAACUGGUUGAACACCCAGAAUUUUCCUUCUGUUUUGGUGAUGUUGUGUUUAGGUUGGUCCAUAACCAGUUUACUAAUCAAGCUGAUAUAGAACAUAAAAGCUCUGAAAUUGGCAUGGUUAAGGAGGCUGCUUUGGGUGGCCAGAACUAUGUUUGGGAUAAGAAUGAUUGUCCUGACAAAGGUUACCUGUCUUGCAUUGGCAUCGUAAUGGGCUUCAAAGGUGGUUCUGUGGAGGUGAGAUGGGCUGCUGGUUUUACGACCAAGGUUGCACCGAAUGAGAUUUACGGGAUUGAUAAAUAUGAAGGUUCUGCUUCACCUGUGCUCCAUGAAGAAAAUAAUGAGGAAUUGAAUCAAGAGGUGCAUGACAAAGAGAAAGUAAAGAAUAUGUCUAAUUUGGAUGUUGCUGGUGAAAAUUGCAAAAACUACCCAUUUGAGUUUAGUUCCUUUUUUCUUCCUCGAGCUGCAAUCGAAUUUUUCAUGAGCAUUGUAACAAGCCUGUUUGGAUCCCGAUGUUCUACACCACUAUCAUGCCCAGCAUCUUCUGGUCUUACAUCUGGAGAUACAAAUGAAUCUGAGCUUCUCCUUAAAGAGGAAAUAUCUAAAACUUGUGAUAACUUCAGUGAGCCGCAUCUAAGUGAAUUGCAAACAUUCGGACAAACAAGUUUAUGUGAGGAAGUUGAGGAUAAUCAGGAGAAAGAUGGUUUCCAACUUGCAAAAGCUUGUCAAAAUCAAGAUCACUUUAAGCAGUUUGAUAUGGUCAGUGACUGCUCAGACCACCACUUUCUUGAUGCCAGCAAGGGUUCUGCAUUAUCUCAGGUGAAAAGAACGUGGAUGAAAAAAGUUCAGCAAGAAUGGAGCAUUUUAGAGGAAAAUCUUCCUGAGACAAUCUAUGUGCGUAUCUAUGAAGAGAGGAUGGAUCUCUUACGAGCAGCCAUCAUUGGUGCACCUGCAACUCCAUACCAUGAUGGCCUCUUCUUCUUUGAUAUAUUUCUUCCUCCGGAGUAUCCUUAUGAACCGCCUUUGGUGCAUUACCAUUCUGGUGGACUCCGUGUUAACCCGAACUUGUAUGAGUCUGGAAAGGUCUGCCUCAGUCUCCUCAAUACUUGGACGGGGACAGGCACUGAAGUAUGGAAUCCAGGGAGGUCCACGAUUCUUCAAGUUCUUCUCUCCCUCCAGGCUCUUGUACUCAAUGAAAAACCUUAUUUCAAUGAGGCUGGAUAUGACCAGCAGGUAGGAAGAGCUGAAGCAGAGAAAAACUCUGUGGGUUAUAAUGAAAAUGCCUUCAUUGUUACUUGCAAGUCAAUGCUUUACCUCCUCUGCAAUCCACCCAAGCAUUUUGAGGUGUUUGUGGAAGAGCACUUCAUUCGUCAGUCCCACAAUAUUUUAUCAGCUUGUAAGGCAUAUAUGGAAGGAGCUCCAGUAGGAUGCGCUUUUGGAUGCAGUGACAAUGGAGAAAAUUCUGUGCGAUCUUCUAAGGGUUUCAAAAUCAUCCUUGCAAAGUUAUUCCCAAAGCUCUUGGAGGCAUUUUCUAGCAAGGGAAUUGACUGCAGCCAAUUCACUGAGCCAGAAAAUUGAAUAUCCAGCUAGUGUUCAAACAAACACAAAUCAUCUUAUGGAAAUAGUCCUGCAUUGUAUAAUAUGUAAGAUAUCAAGCCAUGCUUGGUAAAAAAGACCAAGCUCUUCUGGUUUUACAAUUGCCAGAUUGUCUCAUGAAACUGGUUUGAAUAAGCUUGUCAAAAAUCACAAGCAUGUUGUGGUGAUGUAAUGUAUAAUAGAAGAAUGGUUGCAGACUACAAUGUCUGUGAAGACAAUGCCUACAAUGUGAAUAUGUAAAAUAUCAAUAUAUGCUUUGAGGGUUUUAA